GGAGAUUCUGCGCAUAGUUUGGAAAAUGUUGGUACAAGAUGGCACCAAGUACAUAUGCGCCACACAAAUCUCAUUUGAUAUGUGUGAGGACUGUGAUACUGACCGGGUGCCCAAACUGAAGCAGCUGGUUUCCUUAGGAGGCCACAUCCGGAGCCUUCGAUCUGAAGGUCUGAUUCACAAUGCAGUGGAACAACGUUAGGAGAUGCUGUACAUUUGUAGAUGGUGACCAACGAUCGGUUCAUACGCUAUUUGUUCCUUCAGGAUCCUGGAGCCAGCCCAUGUGCACCAUUGGUUUGGAAUCAGGGUUUUCCAACUCCCCUAGGUGUAUACUCCAUAUCCACUAACUUGGUUAAUGCAUCGGACAUUCACUUUCCGUCCUCUCAAUUUCGUAAACAAUACCCCUGCCACGAGAAGGCGAUAAGUAGAACUUCCCUGGUAGAGGCUAUAUACGUGUGUCCAUGUGAGAGCAUUUCGAGAGGUAGAGCGAACUCUCUCCACUCUUGGCCGUACCAGGGUAUUUGGGGGCAGUGCAAUCAUGUUUUGGCUCCGUCUCUCUUUCUCUGAAUUUUAAGUGCUCCAACGAUAUCGAUGAUAUGAUGGAAAGAAAAAUCCAUUUUCGAUUGAUUUACUCAUUAUUAUUUUGCAAAUUACCUGUGUUCAAGUACAAAUUUCAUAAUUAUGUAUUCAUAUAUAUACCCAUGCAUAUGUUUAUUUAUGCACUAAUGUUUAAUGAAAGUAAAAAAUGAAUGAUGGACGAUUAUCAACAGUUAAAAAGUAAAUAUGAAAGAUUAUGUGUGGAAUUCAAAAAGCUUCGUUCAAAGUAUAAAACGUUAAAAGACAAUGAAAAUGAAUUAAACCAACAACUGCAGGAGAAACUAAUACAAAAAGAUUUAUAUAUUGAAAAAUUAAAACAAGAAAUUGAACAAUUAAAAUUAAACAAUCAUAAUAUUUCUAUUAAUGGGCUUACAUAUGAAAAUUCAACGAAAUUAUCAUUAUUAUUAAAUAAUAUUAACAAGAAUAAUGAUCAUUCAAGUCUUAUCGAUACUGUCAAUGUAAAUGAAGUGGCAAAGAAAUCUAUCAUUACUCAGGAAGUAAAUAAUAAUUUACAUCAAACGACACUAUCAGAUGCUUCUUAUACACCUAUCCAUAUCACAAAACAUAAUUCAUUUCCCAUGGUAACUAAUGAUAAUUCAACAAAUUCGAUUCUAUCAUCUCCCACUGAUAUUUGUCAUGAUAUUAUUGUGGAUACCUAUAAUAAAUCAUCCAGUAUAAAUUUACUUCCAUCUAAAUCUUUAUUAUCAUCGUUAUCAUCAAAAUUACCAUCUUCAUCUUCAUCAUCAUUUCUAUCUGAAGAUACAUUAAUGAUAACAAAUACAACGAUAUCUAUUCCUACUACUACUACUCCUAGUACUACUACCACUUCUACUUCUACUCCUAGUACUACUACUGCUACUUCUACUACUCCUAGUACUACUACUGCUACUUCUACUACUCCUAGUACUACUACCACUUCUACUUCUACUCCUAGUACUACUACUGCUACUUCUACUACUCCUAGUACUACUACUGCUACUUCUACUACUCCUAGUACUACUACUUCUACUUCUACUACUCCUAGUACUUCUACUUCUACUACUCCUAGUACUACUACUUCUACUUCUACUACUCCUAGUACUACUACUGCUACUUCUACUACUCCUAGUACUACUACUUCUACUUCUACUCCUAGUACUACUACUACUUCUACUACCAGUACUACUACUACCCGUAAUCUUUCAUCUUCUUAUGAUCAAGAUUGGACAUUCAUUGUAAAUACAGAAGAGAAAUUAAUUGAACAAUUUGUACAAUUACUAAAUAAUUGGAUCAAUUCAAUGAAAACAAAUCAAAAUUUAUCAUUCAUAAAUAAAGAAAAAUUAGAUCAUAUUCUUAUGAAUCGUAUUACACAAUUAGAAAGUGAAUUAUGUGAAAUUUCAUUACAAUAUCAAUUGGAACGUAAACGUCGAUUAAAAGAACAAUCACAGUCAGAAACAAAAGACGACGCUAAGCCUAUUGUUCACAAUAGUCAGGUGAGUGAUUCAAACGAUCCUGAGCAAUUAUCUAAUAGUAGUAAUGGAAAAUCUGAUGAAACUUCUAAUCCACAUAAAGUAAUAAUGAAACGUUUACAUAAAGCUAUUGAAGAAUCAAUUUAUUUCGCUUCAAGAGCUAAUCUCUUACAGGAUGAAUUAGAAUCUCUUAUCCCAUGGAUAUUACAACUCUUUCAUUUACAUCAAAAACAACAAUAUGAAAUGAAAACAAUGAAACAAUAUAAUGAACAAUUAAAACAACAAUUAGAAUCAAUUAAAACAAAUACAAUUAAACAAAUUAAUGAAAUGGCUAAACAUAUAAAUAAUUUAACUGAAGAAUUACAAACAAUUCGAUUAAAUUCAUUAACAAAUCAUCAUUCUCAUAAUAGUUUUAAUAAAGAACAACAACAACAAUCAAAUUGUUUAUCACUUCAUUCAAAUGAUAAUCAAGUUAAGAAAACUACAUUAUUUAAUGUAUUGAGAAAAUGAUCUGUUAUGUAUAUAUAUAUAUAUAUACCUUCCAUAUUGCCUCCAUUCAUUUUAACAACUCAUGUAAUCAUCAUAAAUAUCAAUCCAAUUUCAAUCGAUUAUAUCCCAAUAUGUAUAUUAACAUAUAUCAUUAUGAUGAUUCGAUAUAUAUAUAUAUGGUUUAUUUCUUUUCUUAUCUCUAUUGUACUAUCUGUAAAAAGUUAUUGGAUUCAUUGUGUCUGUGUCUGUGUGUAUGUACUAUGAACCCCUAUUUUAUUGAUUAUUGAUUAUGUAACAUUAAAUUUUUUUUUAUUGUUUUCAUUUAGAUAAACAAAUUAUUGUAAAAAAAGACAACAAAUUUUUCAGUUUUUCUAUAAUCAUAUUUUUCAUUAACAAUAUUUAAAUAGUUUUAAGAGAGAGAGAGAGAAAGAGAGGGGGGAACUUCUUUAAAAAAUAAAAAAUAAUUUUUUUCUAGUUGCCAAGUUUUGUUUCUAUUUAAAAAUAUUAUUCUGAUAUUUAUUGAUUAGUAGGAUUAAUUUUGUUUAUCUUUUUUUUAAAAAAAAUUUAUUUGAUAAAAGAAUUAAAAUUUUAUUCU